GGAGCAGAGUCUAGGGCGCGGAGUGAGGCUCGGGGGCGCGGUCCAGGAGGAAGAGUUUGGGUUGCACAUGGACCUGGUGAGGGGCCAGGCAGCUUCCCCCAGUCUGGAACGCGUCCAAAAUGGGUGAUAUAGAACAAUAGUAAUAAAGGUGGCAAAGCAUCUUGAAUCAACGACGCUGACUCGUGGGAAAGAGGUUUCAGGAUCUGGACACCUUUCAGGUCUCUUUCCCGUUAUUUCCGUCGUAGCCGCGGGCGAAUCCUCUGAGGCUCAAUUUCAAAGUUUGUAAAAUGGUGAGAAUGGGCGUUUUUGCCAGGCUGGACCUCCCUUCUCAGGAUCGCUGAGGAACUCUACUCAGAAAAUGGCGUCCAGGCUACUUUAUGAACUCCAGAGUAAUGUAAAAAUGGUGUUACUGUUGAAAAUCGGAUGUAGAAGCACCAGGAGUGGAAAGUUUAAGUGUAUUGAGGGCUUGAGAGAACACAGGUGAAUCAGGUUCUCUAAUGAUCUUGCUUCACCAUGGCUACAAAUAUGGAGGGGCUGGUUCAGAACAGAGUGGGGACCCAGCAGGUGGCUGAGGUACCACGUACACAGACUUCUCGGCCGGAAUCUCCAGGGAUGACCAGCCCCUCCCCACGCAUCCAGAUAAUCUCCACCGACUCUGCGGUAGCCUCACCUCAGCGUAUUCAGAUUGUGACAGACCAGCAGACAGGACAGAAGAUCCAGAUAGUCACCGCAGUGGACACCUCCGGAUCCCCCAAGCAGCAGUUCAUCUUGACCAGCCCAGAUGGAGCUGGAACUGGGAAGGUGAUCCUGGCUUCCCCAGAGACAUCCAGUGCCAAGCAGCUCAUAUUCACCACCUCGGACAACCUUGUUCCUGGCAGGAUCCAGAUUGUCACGGACUCUGCUUCUGUGGAGCGUUUGCUGGGGAAGGCCGAUGUCCAGCGGCCCCAGGUGGUAGAGUACUGUGUAGUCUGUGGCGACAAAGCCUCUGGCCGUCACUAUGGGGCUGUCAGUUGUGAAGGUUGCAAAGGUUUCUUCAAAAGGAGCGUAAGGAAAAAUUUGACCUACAGCUGCCGGAGCAACCAAGAUUGCAUCAUCAAUAAGCAUCACCGGAACCGCUGUCAGUUUUGCCGGCUGAAAAAAUGCUUAGAGAUGGGCAUGAAAAUGGAAUCUGUACAGAGUGAACGGAAGCCCUUUGAUGUACAACGGGAGAAACCAAGCAAUUGUGCUGCUUCAACUGAGAAAAUCUAUAUCCGGAAGGACCUGAGAAGUCCUCUGAUUGCCACUCCCACAUUUGUGGCAGAUAAAGAUGGAGCAAGACAAACAGGUCUUCUUGAUCCAGGGAUGCUUGUGAACAUCCAGCAACCUUUGAUACGUGAAGAUGGUACUGUUCUUCUGGCCACAGAUUCCAAGGCUGAAACAAGCCAGGGAGCUCUGGGCACACUGGCAAAUGUAGUAACCUCCCUUGCCAACCUAAGUGAAUCCCUUAACAAUGGUGACACUUCAGAAAUGCAGCCAGAGGACCAGUCUGCAAGUGAGAUUACUCGGGCAUUUGAUACCUUAGCUAAAGCACUUAAUACCACAGACAGCUCCUCACCUCCAAGCCUGGCAGAUGGGAUAGACACCAGUGGAGGAGGAAGCAUCCACGUCAUCAGUAGAGACCAGUCCACACCCAUCAUUGAGGUUGAAGGCCCCCUCCUUUCAGACACUCAUGUCACAUUUAAGCUAACAAUGCCCAGCCCAAUGCCAGAGUACCUCAACGUGCACUACAUCUGCGAGUCUGCAUCCCGCCUGCUUUUCCUCUCCAUGCACUGGGCCAGGUCAAUCCCAGCUUUUCAGGCACUUGGGCAGGACUGCAACACCAGCCUGGUACGGGCCUGCUGGAAUGAGCUCUUCACGCUCGGCCUGGCCCAGUGUGCCCAGGUCAUGAGUCUGUCUACUAUCCUGGCGGCCAUUGUCAACCACCUGCAGAACAGCAUCCAAGAAGAUAAACUUUCUGGCGACCGGAUAAAGCAAGUCAUGGAGCACAUCUGGAAGCUUCAGGAGUUCUGUAACAGUAUGGCGAAGCUGGAUAUAGACGGCUAUGAGUAUGCAUACCUUAAAGCUAUAGUUCUCUUUAGCCCCGAUCAUCCAGGUUUGACCAGCACAAGCCAGAUUGAAAAAUUCCAAGAAAAGGCACAAAUGGAGUUGCAGGACUAUGUUCAGAAAACCUACUCAGAAGACACCUACCGAUUGGCCCGGAUUCUCGUCCGCCUGCCGGCGCUCAGGCUGAUGAGCUCCAACAUAACAGAAGAACUUUUUUUUACUGGUCUCAUUGGCAAUGUUUCCAUAGACAGCAUAAUCCCCUAUAUCCUCAAGAUGGAGACAGCAGAGUACAAUGGCCAGAUCACCGGAGCCAGUCUAUAGUGAACACCCCACACCUGCUGAGGAGCAGACGGUUCCUCUGGGCCUGCUCAGAGACAAAGAAGAUGAAGUAGUAGUAUUUUGGUAUGUGCAAAUAUUUCCAGUAUGUUCAUCAUUUCAUAGCUGGUUUCUUCUUACCUGUUAAUCCCAGACAAUAGCAACUAAAAGACUAGUAGUAUCCUUUCUUGCCAUAAGAAACAUUUAAAUGCCUUUUGAUGGAGCAGAUUUUGGAGCAAUCUUUUAACUCAAUUUGUAUUUAGAAAUUCUCAAAGGGCAAAAAACAAAGUUUUAUAAUGUCAGAGACUAGUAUUAAAACUAAAAGAACCUAAGAGAACAGUAUGUGUGUAUAUAUAUAAAAAAAUGUCCUUGGAAUUAAUAACUACUAAUUACCAGGGUAAUAUUAGCACUUUCUAAGCACUUCUUAUUGAUGCAUAAUGUUAGCAACAUCGUGUCUAUUCGCAGGGCAAGUGGAAAACUGUAUACAUCUUUUGCCGAGAUGCUAAUGAUUUCUGUGAAAAUGCAAUAGGGUACAGGAGACAAUCAUUUAAGUUUAAGAAAAGAAGGCAUCAUUCCUAAUUGUAUGCAUACUUUGAUGGUAUUGAACUAAAUUCCUGUGAGCAAAUGAAAAUGUGUCUUAUCUGUAUCGUGUAGUAAGUGGGAAUGCACUAGCAGUCAGUAGUGACCCAAACCAAAACCUUCUUCAGUCACAGAGCUGAUGCUUGUCAGGUUCCCUGACCUCCGGUCCUGGUCUGUGACAGGCAUCUGCAGGCUCCUCCAAACCUGGGCAUCUUCUGAUGACUGGUUCUCAGAAUUGGACUGCAACCAGUCAGACAUUAACUCCCAAUUCCUAAAGCAAUUGACAAUUUGGGCAUUUUGAACCCUUGAUAGUAAUACUUCCUGAAUACAGUCUGGGGUGGCUUCGGUUUUCAGAUGGAGGGAUGUGGCCUCCCUGGAGCCUGCAGGUUUCCCUGUGGGGUUUCUAUUCCAAAAGCCCCUUGAGAAGGGCCUACAUUCUUGCAGUUUAGUACUACUCUCGGGGUGGGAUGUGUACAGGAUCUUGCUGCCUGGCUAGGGCAGUGGUGAAGCUGAAUAGAAGGGUUCUCUGUUGACCUUAAAUAUCAGGGUCUUUCAGAAUGUCUCUGUGGAUCAGCAUCUCUGUUGGCAGGUCUCUUAAUGGUACUGGCCCACCGUGCACUUUGAUUCCCCCAGGUGUGUGCCAGCAUACAAACCCUGGAGCAUUUGGAUGAUGGAUGCAGAAGCAGGCUGCCUGCUCCUAAAAAAUGACUAUUAGUUCCUAAAGUUGUCUUCUUGCUCAUAAUUGUAGCAACCAUUGUUUACAAGAACAGAAUGUGAUUACAAGAAAAUUCUUACCUAGAGAAGAGCACCCAUAAAUUCCCAUGGAUGUGAGUUACAGCAAGCAUUUCCUGCCCUAGCCCCCAGGCACUCCCUAGUCUGGCUAGGGCAUCGGUCAAAAUAGGCACUUCACUGAGCUGUGCAUGGGUGUCAGGCAGGCUGCCCAGCCACAGGCUUAUAGCAUAAUGGGAUGUAUUAUUCUGAAGUGUAUUAACAGCACUUUACGAAAGUCAUUAGUGAGAAUUAAGUGGGGACAGUCUCUCCAAUUCUAAUUUCCAGUUUGGAUUUAAUUAUCUUUAAUAAUUCAUGCCUUGGAAGCAAAUUUUGGAGAACAGUGAGGGUGCCCAUUAUAAAAUGAUGGAAAGGAUUUAAUCUUACCAGCCUAAAGUUUUGGUUUUCUAACUCUGAAGUGAUUUUAAAUUUCAAAAUUAAGACAAAAACUGGUGAAAACAUGGGAGUUAGGGCAGGUCUGUAUCACUUCUGCUUGUAAAAAGUUUUAGCAGAGGGCAUUUUGAAGCAUGUUCAUGCACCUUACACAGCAAAUUGUGUUUCUCUCUCCAAUUUGUAAAAGUAAGCAUAUUUGUUGAUCACACUGUGGCUCCCAGGAAAUACGUAUUGUGUCACACCUUUCAGAUCUGAGUUCUUCGUGUUGGUGAAAAGGUCCGCACUGGCCAGCUCCCUCACUCCCAGGGUCAGUCCCUGGAGUCCUGUGUCUUUCAGGCUUUUAGACUCUGGUUGCCUUAAGAUAUUGGGGUAGCUUAGGCAAGACCUAGGCUGCAGUCCUGACAAAGCCACUGCGUAGAUAUGUUGGGAAGAGGUGGUAACCAGCAGGACAGUGAACACUUGGAUAGGAAGUGCCACACUCCGGCAAGACAGCCCUGAAGAAAAGUCUAUUUAGUUUAGGAAGUUGCUGAUUCUAAUGUGGUCCUUUCCCUUGAGUCCCUUCACUGGUGGUAGCUGAUUUCAGUGGACCAUUUUGGGGUUUGAGCACUCCUCAUUAGUUCCUAGAUUCUGUUGGCCUUACUCUGAAGUGGCCUUUUCCUUAAGGGCCAGGUCCACAUUACCUUAAUUCUCACUGCCCCAAAAUCAUUUCAGGCAUUUGACAGCAGGUCUAUUCUAUCUCUUGCCAAACUGGUUAAAAGAAGUAAGCUCAAAGUCAAGAAUUAUUUAAAGGGAUCCCAGGCAGAUAUUUGGGCUCAGCUUUCACAAGGCUUUAACCUGUGUUAGUAGUUUCAAACUCUAGAUUUAAGGAAGGAGACCAGCCCUCUGUCUACUGAAUCUCAGAGAGAAAUAGGCAGGAGCAGGAAUCUUUACCAUGUAGCCUACUCAUACAUACCCUUCUGCUGGCCUGGCCAGUCCUCCCUCAGUGAGGAGAGGCGCACUGGCUACGGGAGGUGGGCACAGAUACAUGCAGUUGCUUAGUGAUGAAGUGGGCUCUUUUCCACUGGUAUCUUAUAUGGUGCUGGACAGUUACGUGUUUAAAUUUGUGGCAUUCAUUACAUAUAAUCAUAAAACAGGGCAGGAAGAAACUUAGAAUCUAAGACCAAAUUACCCACACAAAUGCUUUCCAAGCGACUCCUGGAAAGUAUUUUUAAGAAAGUAUGUUACCACCCUUCUAAUUUGAGAUGUUUAUGUGUUUAUUGAGAAUUACAUUAUUUAUUGUCUUAUCUCUGUGGUUGAGGCUCUUGUUUGGGUUUUAUAAUUUCAGGUGUAGUCACUUGUAAGACGUGUUUUGUAAUAUCCCUUAAGAGGGGCUUUCCAGCUUGUUAGUGUCAGUAUUAAAUGUGGGCUCUGUUCUGAGGCGAUGGCCACCAGUCAUGCUGAUGUGUCUACUCUGGGACAUGUCUACUCUGGGUUCCCCAACAUGGCGGCAGCGCUCUCACUAGAGCUUACUUAGCAGUUUUGAUUAUUUGAGGACAGCCAUGGCAAGGAGCCAAGAAUUAGAAGGGCUCUUCUUGUACCUUGUGCUUUCAUUUUGGGAAAACCACAUCCUGGCCCUUUGGGGGCGUUCCCAGCAGAGCAGUGUCACUCCCUGCCUGCCUCCUGCCUACCAGGCAGCCCUUGGCUAUGGAUCCAAGUUCUAUGUAUGACCUGGUUAGAUUAGAGUCAGGGGGUACAUGGCCUCCUUUCCAGUGGAAAUGGCCUGAUGUGCAGUGGGGCUACAGGUGACAUUUCAACUCUUCUCUGAGCCCAGGUCAUGAAAAGUGUCAUCUUCUGAUACUUUUAUCUCAGGAGGUCAGUGCCCUUUAGAUCCUGGAAAGGUCUGAAAAGGCAGGGCAGAUGACCCCAUACUUGUCCCACUUCCAUUCCCUACUAGAUUGUGCGGCUCUCUGCAAAUGUUCUAACUUUGAUGUUUCUAGUUCAGACAGAGUGGGUAUGGGUCUCUUGUACACAGGGCUGUAUGCCUCCCACCAGCGUGGCAUGUCUGCAUGUCCAGCCCUGAGCUCCCCUCAGCACAUUGUUAUGUACCGAUUUAUAGGCUUGUAUGACUGAACGAAUGUACAUGUGUUUAUAUCUUCUAUAUAUGUACAGUGUAUAUAGUGUGUAUGUGUACAUAGAUGUAUAUUAUGUAUACAGACAUGUAGCCACAUACCCAAACCCUCCUUAUGUUUUAAAAGAGAAUCUAUGAUAAGAGUUGCUAAAAUAAAUUGAUGUGGGUGUUCCAAGGUCCCUGGGGAGGAUGGAUUUGCUGAGAUUUAACUCCAUUUUCCUUUGGAUGGUCUGUCUGGGAAAGGCCAUGAAGUCAAAUCUCCACUCUGUACCAGGGGAAGUUCCAGACAGGAAAAAGUCCCAACAGGAUGACACUGCUAUGUAUUCUCUAGGGUCAGACAAGAGCUAGGAAGCUGGAAAACAAUUUAUCCUAAUGUCCAAAAACUAGAUGGGGAUCUUUAAUCUGGUUUUCAUACGCCCAUUUAUGGGCUAACUGGAAGGAACUUGGUAGUUCAAGCUGUUGGCCUUCCCAGACUCGCUGUGUCAUGUGGUCAGUUUCAGAACAGUCUGUGUCAUGGGACCUGGCACCCAGUAUGGUAGCAGUUUCCCCACUUGCUCUGGAUUCAGCAUACGGUAGGCACUGCCCUGUGAGUAAACAAAUGCCUAACUCCAGUUACGCAAAAAAAAAAAAAAGAAAAGAAAAGAAAAGCCUACCAGGUAUUCUUUAAAAAUAAGCAUAAAUGUUGAUGGCUAACUUUAUGGCAUAUGUUACAAAUCUUAAAUUACUUCUCCAACUAUAGCAUGUGAAUGAAAUCUUCUGACUUAUUUCUCUAAAUUAUGAUUUUAAAAUUUCAGAUACAAUUUGCAUUUUAAUAUGGAUAUGUAUGCCCUUAAAGCUACAGAUGCCACAUUUUCCUUGUUCAGGUUUAUUCUGGUGAUUUUUUUCCCCUUAAAUCGGGCUUUAACUGAGACAUGGCACUUGGAAACCAGGGCUCAGCCCAGCAGUAGUUGCUCAUGGACCUGGUAAGCACAGGGGCCUAACUGUCAGGAAGAUUGAAAGCUGGCCUGAUGAAAGAAACCACUCAAUAGCUGCAAAAACCUAAUCCACAAGUUGCUUUUUUUUCUUUUUUUUUUCUUUUUUUUUUAAAUAAGCUGUUGGAAUGUUUGAAAACACUUCAUUGAGACCAUGUACUCAGUGCCUUUUGUGAGACUGGGCUGUUCGGCCUCCAGCUUCCCUAUCUGUGAUGUAAAGAAGCUCCUGCUGCUUCACUGGCCUCCCAGCAGUGAUUGUCACCUUUCCCACGUCCUUGCCUGUUGUGACAAUCACUAUUGAAAGUAGCUUUCCAGUUCACAUAAUAGAAAUGGAAGAUUGACAGUCUCUAAAUGAGUCUUUAAAAUAAAAAUUUUCCUUUGGAGCUAUUUAUCUUAGCGGCACACUAAAAAUAAAAUGAGACCUUUAAAAAAAGUAUCUUGGGGUAGGGGAUGUCUGAGAUAUUUUUAAUGCCCCACUAUACUUUGAAUUAAGCAGACAAUAAUUUUGGUGUCUCAAAAUGUAUACAUACAACAUAGAAAAAAAGUGCUAUAAAAUAUAAGUGCUGAAAAAUGCUCAGCAACAUUUAUCAGUUGACGGAUUGUGAUAAAGCUUAAUAUUUGGAUAACAUUUGGAUGUAGACUUUACAUGAAAAAUGACUUUUCUCUAGGAAAGUAUAAUUUUAACAACCAGAACAUUUAUGGACUCAAAUGCUGCUGCCACAUACAACUCAAGUGCUGGACUAUUUUUCUAUAUCCUCCCAAUUAUCUUGUAAACCAGUGUUCAACUAGUUUUAUAACUGAAAAGCUGCACAUUUUUCAUAGUACAAAACCAUAGUUUUUACCUGUAGUUUGGACCUCUGUUUAAAUGUAGCUAAGUAUUACCAGCCCUUUUAAAAGAUGUCUGUUAAGGGAAAAUUUGGGUGUUAGAUUUUCUUGGGACCGUUUCUGUAACCCCUGCCCUUCCUAAUACAGAAAAUAUUGUUUAUGCCAUUACAUUUUAAUUCCAGGUUUAAAACCUGUUGAAAGCUGUAGCUUGAAAUCAGCUUUGUUUAUGUGAUGGCAUUUAAAAAUAGCAUGUUCUUUUUAAACUGAAUUUUAUAUCUAAUCAAUGUCUUCAGUCUUGAAGAAGAAUUUGCAUUGUCGUGUUUGUAUAUAGAGUAUUGCAGUGCAUGAAUUAGCUUUAUGCAUUUUAUUAAAUGCUAUUUCAAUGUGGCAUUAUUGUUGUGGCUUAAUACUACUACCUAAAUGAGGUUUAUACUAUUAAAAGUUAAUUAAAGACUAA